AUGACCACUGAUGCUGGAACUACAGGAGUUGCUCCCACUCCUACCAAUGUCUUGGAAGGAAAGAACCACAAUGGGCUAGAUCUUCUUGAUAUCUUCAAGACCACUGUCUUUGAGAACAAAGCACUGCAUGAAGGUGCGAGCACGGCUAUGAUCCGGAAGGAUUUCCAGAAGUGGGCUAGGACGGUGAUCCUGGAAGAGCAGGGGUGUUUCGCCUGA